AUGCGGCUGUACGCACUAUCCAGCUGUGCGAGCUUGGUUCUCGCUGCGGCAGCCCUGCCCCCAGGCACUGUUGCAGCCGAAGAUGCACCACAGAUCUCCUUGACGCAGAAGGGCAAAGGAAAUGGGCAAUGGACAUACGCAUAUCGCCGUGCCGAAAAGCUCGUACAGCAAAUGACACUAGAAGAAAGAGCCAACAUUACGCGUGGCUACCGCAGCGAUAACGUCUGUGCUGGCAAUACCGGUUCUGUUCCUCGGCUGGGAUGGCCUGGAAUGUGUGUUCACGAUGCUGGCAAUGGAGUUCGCGCAACGGACAUGGUCAACUCUUAUCCAUCCGGGAUCCAUGUUGGGGCGAGCUGGGAUAGAAACCUUACAUACGAAAGAGGGUUCUACAUGGGCAAGGAGUUUAAAAUAAAGGGAGUCAACGUACCGCUUGGCCCCAACGCUGGCCCAUUAGGACGAACGCCACUCGGUGGUCGGAAUUGGGAGGGAUUCUCUGUUGACCCAUACCUCUCUGGUCAGUUGAAUGCAGAGACUAUAAUAGGAAUGCAAGAAGCUGGUGUUAUUGCCAAUAUCAAGCAUUUUAUCGCCAAUGAACAAGAGACUCUGAGGCGCCCGUACUUUGGCGUUGAAGCCGUUUCUGCAAACAUUGAUGAUAAAACAUUACACGAGUACUAUUUGUGGCCUUUUAUGGAUAGCGUGCAUGCUGGCGUAGGGUCUGUCAUGUGCUCCUACAACAGGAUCAACAACACGUACGGAUGCAAGAACGACAAGCUCAUGAACGGUAUCCUCAAGACCGAGCUGGGGUUCGAAGGCUUCGUCAUGCUUGAUUGGGAUGCCCAGCACGACAUACAAAGCGCCAACGCUGGGCUUGACAUGGUGAUGCCUCUUGGAGGUUCAUGGGGCCAGAAUCUGACUGAUGCUGUUGCGAAUGGGACCGUCAGCGAAGAUCGGGUGACUGACAUGGCGACACGAAUUAUCGCUGCAUGGUAUCUGGUCGGCCAAGAUGGUGACAAGUUUCCCAUCCCCGGCAUUGGCCUCAAAGAGCUUACCCAGCCCCAUGAACGAGUAGACGCACGAGAUCCCGCAUCAGAGCCUGUGAUUUUGGAGGGCGCUAUUGCAGGACACGUCUUGGUCAAGAACGACAACAAUGCGUUACCAUUCAGAAACAAGCUCGCCAUGAUAUCUGUGUUCGGUUACGACGCGACGAUUCCUCGUACUAAGAAUACUGAUCUUUUGUUCUCACACGGAUACACUUCAUCUCCGGAGAUGGAGAAUGUUGCAUUGGGCCAUGAAGCGCAUUUUGACCAGGCAGCAAGGGGAGGCACCAUUGUCACAGGUGGUAGAGCGGGUGCAAACGCGCCGGCGUAUAUUGAUGAUCCUCUUAGUGCUAUCCAGCGCCGUGCUCGUCAAGACGGCACAUGGGUGAAUUGGGAUUUGGACUCCUUCAACCCCGAUGUUAAUGCUGCUUCUGACGCUUGCUUGGUCUUCAUCAAUGCCAUCGCAACCGAGGGCUGGGACCGCGAAGGCUUGCAUGAUGACUUCAGCGAUGGACUUGUCAAGAAUGUGGCCUCCAAAUGUUCCAACACAAUUGUCGUGAUACACGCCGCGGGUGUCCGUCUUGUUGACCAAUGGAUCGAGCAUCCCAAUAUUACAGCCACCAUCAUUGCUCAUCUGCCUGGCCAGGACAGCGGCAGGGCUCUUCUGAAGCUGCUCUAUGGCGAAGCAAACUUUUCUGGCAAGCUGCCUUACACGAUUGCCAAGAACGAGAGCGAUUACUCGGUGUAUGCCCCGUGCACGCGAAGUUCUGGAGAUGAUAUUGACCCGCAGUGCGAUUUCACCGAAGGUGUAUAUCUCGAUUACCGCGCUUUUGAUGCCAAAGACGUUACUCCGCGAUUUGAGUUUGGAUAUGGACUCAGCUAUACGACCUUUGGAUAUUCAUCUCUCUCUAUUAAAGCAUCAAAGUCUCUUCGCUCGUCCAAGUGCAGCGGCGAUAAUCUCUGGCGACAUGUCGCAACGGUUACUGCAGCAAUCACCAACAGUGGCUCUGUAUCUGGAAGCGAAGUCGCACAGCUCUACCUGGCCAUCCCAAACAGUCCACCAAAACAACUGCGCGGAUUCAACAAGAUCCUCUUAUCUCCCAAAGAGUCAGAAACCGUUCGCUUCGAGCUUACAAAGAGAGAUUUCAGCGUAUGGGAUGUGAUUUCCCAGUCGUGGGUUAUUCAGGAGGGAGAGUACAAAAUCUUUGUUGGGGCAAGCAGUCGGGACAUUCGACUUACAGGAACACUGCGAGUUGCUAGUGAUUAG